AUCGCAUCCUGCGCUUUGCUGGAGGCACGACGAUACUUUGCACUGGAGCCUUGAACCGAGUCCGCCUCACCUUUUUCUGAGAAGUUGGAGGUAUCACAUUCAUUUGUGGUGACAGCAAACCCUUACACACCUUUCAUUCUUGGGCUCCAUUUCAUUGUUAAGGCAAAUGCUGUCCCUAUGGCAAGGAAAAAUCUGCUUCUAUUUUCGGACCCGAGAAAUGAUGGGAGGGCAGAAGACGUGCUGAUAACUACCCACGAAGGCUUUGGGAGAUCAGACUGGAUGCCCAACACCAGCGAGGGGCCGAACUUCGAAGAGGACAAACCUGAUCUGAUUCCUGUGUCCGUGGUCGAGCAAACAGGCGAUGCCAAGGCAAUUGCAGAACGAAAGACCUUGAAGUUGGGCCCUAGUGAAAUCAAAAUACUAGAGUUUAAAGCUGACGCGACAGGUGGACAAUACAUUGAACCUGCAUUGGGUGCCGUGUUGCAAGGAAUCUAUGUCAUGCCGACAUCAUGGACAGACCAAAAGGGUACUAUCACGACGGUAGCUGUCAGCCUAUCAGGCGAAAGCGCUCAGGUCGAACCUGGCGAACUCAUUGCUACCAUCACUGCCACCGAGUUCCCAUACCAAGGAAUCGCGCUGCAAAACGGCGAGGAAGUGGUAAAACAUUUGGGCUCGCUACUAUACCACCCCUGCCCAUACCUGCCCAUACCUGCCCAUACCUGCCCAUACCUGCCCAUACCUGCCCGUACCUGCCCGUACCUGCCCGUACCUGCCCGUACUUGAGCUUAAAACACCACUGACAAGGUGGAAUCCGUUUACGAAAAACGAAUGGUCAAGAGGAAAGUGGUACUUUUGGAAACCGGAGAAUAGCGGGAAAAAAAAACAUCCUACUUGCAAUACCAGCG